ACAGAACAUUGUCAUUCGACUAUACGAUCCCUGUCAAUGUAGCCAACAACACAAGUUCAUCCAUGCAGAAAUUUUAUGGCUUCAAAAAUGCACAGGCAUGUCUUACAAAGUUGGGAGACUGGGCCAAACGGACGGACGGACCUUACUGUCCUGGUGUCUGGGACACGAUCCUCUGCUGGCCAGCGGCCAAGGCUGGCACCAAGGUCUACCUGCCCUGUCCACCCAUGCCUGGCCUGGUCCCAGAAAACAAAGCCUGGAAGAACUGCGGCCCCGAGGGACAGUGGGAGACCAAGGAGAAGGGCGUCUACACUAACGGCACGGGCUACACCUACUACAGGGAUUGCUACUCCCGGGAAGCGUGGGAGGCCUACGUCAAGUACCUCAGUAACAAGACAGUGCAGGAGAAGGAGAUGAUAAAAGAAAUCAUCAACAACUCACGGACGUUGGAGAUUGUCGGUCUGUGUAUCUCGGUCGUUACUGCCAUCAUCUCUCUCGUCAUCUUCUGUUAUUUCAGCACGCUGAAGUGCCACCGGACCAGAAUCCACAAGAACCUGUUCGUCGCUAUGAUUGUCCAGAUAUCCAUGAGGAUCAUCCUCUACGUGGACCAGCUGGUUGCCAGGGAAACGGGGGGCAAGAUCGCCGGGGCUGCUAGUGGCGACAGCAACACCAUCUACGACACGCCAAUCUUCUGUGAGGUCCUGUACAGCCUACUGGAGUACACAAAGACUGUCAAGUUCAUGUGGAUGUUCAUAGAAGGAAUCUACCUCCACAACAUGAUAGCCGUCUCCGUCUUCUCGGGGAAGCCCAACUAUAUUGUCUUCUAUUCCAUUGGCUGGGGCUUUCCUAUGUUACUAACAAUAGCUUGGGUGAUACCUAUGUCCCAGAUCUACGAAACGAGAUGCUGGUUCGGCUACUACAUGAACCCGUUGAUUUGGAUCAUAGAGGGCCCUCGUGCUGCCGUCAUGGCGGUGAACCUCUUCUUCCUCCUCAACAUCAUCCGUGUCCUCGUUAUGAAACUCAGGGAGUCGCAGACAAACGAGGCCAACAAAUUAAGGAAAGCUGUGAAGGCGGCCAUUGUCCUGCUCCCACUGCUCGGGCUGACCAACUUUGUCGUCAUGCUGGAGCCGGACGGAGCUGACGCCGUCAAGUUCAGCGUCUACAGCUUCUCCAGCUCCUUCCUCAACGCCUCGGAGGGAUUCUUCAUCUCCCUGCUCUACUGCUUUCUUAAUGGCGAGGUUCGGCAGGCACUGAAGCGGCAGUGUUACAGGUGGAGACAGCACCGGCUCAUCCACAGCUCCAGCCUGCGCCGGAUGAGCCGCUCCCUGAGUAUUUUCACCUCGUUCACUGAGGUGCCACACACCACCACCUCACAGAAGAGCCAGCCGUCUGCCGUGGCUUCCAAUGGUGACGUGAGUGAAAUCAGUGAAGGGACUCAGUCCAGGUUCUCCGCCAUCUUUAAAGGCCGCACUAGCAGACGACAGAGCAGCCGAGAUAUGGGGUCAGGCGCCGGGCCCAAGUUGACCUCUGAUGCCCCUGACCUGCCGGACAUUGUCACGUGCCGGACAGACUUGAUGUGUGAGGAGAAGGUGUGA